AUGGCACCAAAUUACAAUGAGAGCGAAAUCGCUAAAUUCACCCAAGUGGUACGCGACCAUUUACUCGAAAACAAGUUUUCCAAAUGGGUUUACAUCGCGGUUACCAUGACAAUCGAACAAGCCAGACACCUGGAAGGAGGCGACCUCUUUGCAUCCGAUCCUUGGCCCGGUCGCAUAUACACCGUUAAAGCUUGUAAAAACAAGUGGUAUUCCUUGGUGAAAAAAGGAGAGGUUGAAGAGGCUCAUGCUCCAGUGACUGAUGAGCUUGCAAUUCCUGAUUUGAUGCAUCAAGUUUGGGCCAAGGAAAAGGAAGAAGAAAUGCUCUCUAUCUUCUAUGGUACUGACUUUCCUGAAAUCCCAGAAGAUGUGUUCGAGGAGAUUGAAGCGGAGUUGGAACGUAAGAAGACAAUGCAAGCUCAGUGA